GCCAGGAGAGUAGCUACAAUGACUUCAGUGCUGGUGGACAUACAAGAGGAGGUGACCUGCCCCAUCUGCCUGGAGCUCCUGACAGAACCCCUGAGUGUAGACUGUGGCCACAGCUUCUGCCAAGCCUGCAUCACACAGAACAGUGGGAAAUCAGUGACGAGCCAGGCAGAGGAAAGCAGCUGCCCUGUGUGCCAGACCAGCUACCAGCCUGGCAACCUCCGGCCCAAUCGCCAUCUGGCCAACAUAGCCAAGAGGUUCAGAGAGGUAGCCUUGGGCCUGGGGAAGCACCCGGAAGUAAUUCUUUGUGCAGACCAUGGAGAGAAACUCCAGCUCUUCUGUAAGGAGGACGGGAAGGUCAUUUGCUGGCUUUGCGAGCGUUCUCAGGAGCACCAUGGCCACCACACGUUCCUCAUGGAGGAGGUUGCCCAGGAGUACCAGGAGAAGUUCCAGGAGUGUCUGAAGAAGCUGAAAAAAGAGCAGCGGGAAGCUGAGAAGCUAGAAGCUUUCAUCAAACGGAAGAGGGUAUCCUGGAAGAAUCAGAUGGCGCCUGAGAGACGCAGGAUCCAGACAGAGUUUAAUGAUCUGCGAAGCAUCCUGGACAAAGUGGAGCAGCGGGAACUGAAAAAGCUGGAGCAGCAAGAGAGGAAGGGGCUGAAUAUUAUAGAAGAGGCUGAGAAGGAGCUGGCCCAGCAGAGCCAGUCCCUGAGAGAGCUCGUCUCAGACCUGGAGCAUCGAUGCCAGGGGUCAGUGAUGGAGCUGCUGCAGGAUGUGAGUGAAGUCACAAAAAGAAGUGAGUUCUGGACCCUGAGGAAGCCAGAAGCUCUCCCCAGCAAGCUGAGAAGUACGUUCCGAACCCCAGACCUGAGGAAGAUGCUGCGAGUGUAUAGAGAGCUGACCGAUGUGCAGAGCUACUGGGCAGUAUCUGGGGCCAUCACUAGAUGGUCAACAAGAAGAGCCUCAGGAGUUAGAGCAGGAAGAAGCCAGGGAAGCAGUGCAAUCAUGGCUUCAACAAUCCUGCCGAAUGUACAGAAGGAGGUGACCUGUCCCAUAUGCCUGAAUCUUUUGACAGAACCCUUGAGUCUAGGCUGUGGCCACAGCUUAUGCCAAGCGUGCGUCACUGUGAAUGAUGAGGAGGCAGUGAUUGGCCCAGGAGCGACAAGUAGCUGUCCCGUGUGCGGUACAAAAUACUCAGCUGGGAACCUGCGGGCUGAUCGGCAUCUGGCCAACAUAGUGGAGAGACUCAGGGAGGUCAAGUUGAGUCCAGACUAUGGAAAGAAGAGAGAUCUCUGUGACCGCCAUGGAGAGAAACUCCUACUCUUCUGUAAGGAGGAUGGGAAGGUCAUUUGCUGGCUUUGUGAGCGGUCUCAGGAGCACCGUGGUCACCACACAUUCCUCACGGAAGAGCUAGUCAAGGAAUGUCAGGAGAAGCUCCAGGCAGUCCUCAAGAGGUUAAGGAAGGAGCAGCAGGAAGCUGAGAAGUUGGAAGCUGACAUCAGAGAAGAGAGAACUUCCUGGAAGUAUCAGGUACAGACUGAGAGACAAAGGAUACAAGCAGAAUUUAAUCAGCUCAGAAGCAUCCUCAACAGUGAGGAGGAGAGAGAGCUACAAAGAUUGGAAGAAGAGGAGAAGAUGACACUGGACAACUUGUCAGAGGCUGAGGAUGAGCUAGUUCAGCAGAAACAGUUGGUGAAAGAGCUCAUCUCAGAACUGGAGCGUCGGGCUCAGUGGUCAACAAUGGAGCUGCUGCAGGACAGGAGUGGAAUCAUGAAAUGGAGUGAGAUCUGGAUGCUGAAAAAGCCAAAAGCUAUUUCCAAGAAACUGAAGACUGUAUUCCGUGCUCCAGAUCUGAGUAGGAUGCUGCAAUUGUAUAGAGAGCUAACAGAUGUCCGAUGCUACUGGGUGGACAUCACACUGAAUCCAGUCAACCUAAAUUUGAAUCUUAUCCUUUCGGAAGAUCAAAGACAAGUUUUAUCUGUGCCAAUUUGGCCUGUUAAGUUUUAUAAUUAUGGUAUCCUGGGAUCCCAAUAUUUCUACUCAGGGAAACAUUACUGGGAAAUAGAUGUGUCCAAGAAGACUGAUUGGAUCCUGGGGGUAUACUGUAGAACACGCAUCCACAAUAUAAAGUUUGCUGUUGGAAAACGCACAAAUCAUAAAAAUGUUUACUACAGAUACAGACCUAUAUUUGGCUACUGGGUUAUAGGGUUACAGAAUAAAUUUAAGUAUAGUGCAUUUGAGGACUCUUCCUCCUCUGAUCCUGAGAUUUUGACUCUUUCCAUGGCUGUGCCUCCCCAUCGUGUUGGGGUUUUCCUAGACUAUGAGGCAGGCACCGUCUCAUUUUUCAAUGUCACAAACUAUGGGUCACUCAUCUACAAGUUCUCUCAUUGUUGCUUUUCUCAGCCUGCUUACCCAUAUUUCAAUCCUUCGAACUGCCCAGCCCCCAUGACUCUGUGCCCACCGAGCUCCUGAGUUUCUUAUUCCUCCACCUACCCCUUGUUUUGAGGCUCAUCUCUUGCAUCUGAGCUUAUCUACACCAUUCAGAUCAUCUCCUCCUUGCAAUCUCCCUUUUUUACCUCAGAACUUUUAUUCUUCCUUGCGAUGUUAUGGUGUAUUUGGUUUGAGUUAAGAGAGAUGCUUAUUGUCUCAUUUAG